AUGUCCUCCACCAGGGCCCUCAACGCGAUUCUUCCUCAGAUAGCGAACUCGCCGUACGAGGCGCACCAGAAAGCUCGUACAUUUGCUUCUAGAUACGCAAAAUCCGGUCAAUACGACACCGCCAUCGAGGUGCUGUUCCAAAGUGCCAGGGAAUUGCUCAAGACAGGGCAAGCCGGUUCCGGUACUGACCUUGCCGUGUUCAUGCUUGAUGUCUACGAUUCGAAGGGAGAGACCGUCAACGAUGAAAGCAGGGACAGAUUGACGCAGCUCAUCGCAUUGACUGGCUCAUCAGGAUCCUGGCGGAAGACCAUCAUUGACAAAUCCAUAGCUUGGUCUGCAAAGAAUGGACCGUGUCUAGCUGGUGAUCAGGAUCUGCACCACUAUGUAGGGGAGCUGUUAUUCAAAGAUGGUGUUCUAGACCAGGCCGAAUCUCAUUUCCUCGCUUCCGGGAAACGAGACAGCGCCAGGCUACUUGCGGACAUGUUCAUUCAAUGGUUAUCUGUUGGCGGUCCCCCUGGCCCUUUUGCAUUACGAGGCGUGAUUCCAUAUCUCCAGAACGGAAAUAUCCUGGCAGCACGGACUUUUAUCACACAUUUUGUGUCACAACUUCCCCAGACGGCACACAAGACGUCCAAACGCGUUGACGACACCAACGAUGUGGUACUGACGACAGAUCCCUAUGUAAACUUUGCUCAACUUGCUGUCGUGACAUGCCAACGUGCUCAGGGAGAGCGGAACAAAGUCAUGCGUGAGAGUUGGGCCAGAUUAUGCGGAACUUAUCAAAGCAAAGGGGGAUUACUCGCCCAACCUGAAGUCCGGAAGGCGCUGAAUGAACUCGCUACGCUGUAUUUUGCCAUUCCUCCUCCGCGGAACCAGGCCGCAAAUCCAUUUGGUGAAAUGAUGUCGUCUCUUUUUGGAGGAUCGUCACCGGCAUCUGCGUCAUCGGCGAGGCGGGUGCUAGCCCCGAAGUCUACUUCAGACAAUCUGGACUAGGUUGGAUACUACAAGGUACACAUGAUUCGCCACCAAGUGCACUUGAUUCUUAGUCUGUCAUUCGGUGCAUAGAGGUCAUCUUGUUUGGGAACGCGAAUGGAGUAUCGUUGUCCGAAGAGCUUGAUAUUUGAUCCUUGGAUGAUUGGACUC